CACACUUCAUUCGCCGUCUUUCUUUUUCUAGCAAUGAAUAUGAUGUGACAGUUUAUAUUGGGUUUUGUGUAGAUAGUUGAGCUAUUUCGAGACUUUGAGUGUGUUAUAAAUGAAUUUGAGUGUAAAGUGAUGUUUGAGAAGUUUCUGGUUAUUGCAAAAUGACCACCUGUAGAUUUUUUACAUGACUGUUAUGAUUUUGAUUUGGUUCUUCAAAAAUACGCUGGGUCGACUUGACUUACCACGCGAGACGUCUCGAGAUCUGCUUUGUUGCCGACCAUCAGCAUUGGAAAUUCGUCUCUGUCUUUGACACGGAUGAAAUAUUGAAGAAAGUUCGGCCUUCAACAAUCGAUAGUUGGGCAAUAAUUUUUUUAUCCACUGUCAGUAAAUUGCAAAACUGGGUAUACUAAGGAAGAGUUUGCGCUUCAGCAGCGCAAGGAGGGGUGGAGGAGGUGCAGACGGAGCGGACGACGGCAAAAUGUCGGAAGAUAGCGAUGACCAACGGGCUUUAGGCAGGUCUAGGAAGCGCCGUAGGGAUGUGCUAGAUUUUGAGAGUGACUCGUCCGAUUACGCGCGUCGAAACAGCGAUCGUAUUUCUCGCAGAGUUCAACAACAUUCGCGUGUAAAUGGAGCAGUUAGAAAGAAUCUGCGACCUAGAACUAAUACCAAUUAUCGCGAUAUUAUUUCGCCGAAAAUUGGCCAAUUAAGACGAUAUUCUUCAAGAGCAGUAGAAGAUGAAGAAGUGGAUGACGACGAGGACGACGAUGAUGAUGAUGAUGUUGAAGUAGUAGUAAAUUAUAGAAAUUCUCGUUACGAGCGCCGAUCGAGACAUUAUAAUAAUGAUGUCCGUCAACAACGAAAUAGCACAAGAAGAUCGGAACAAGAACAGAAUGAUGCAAAUAAUAGUGGUGGAAUUCGAACUAGGUCUAGAAGUUCACCUAAUAAAUCUUCACAAAAAGACGAAACUUCACAAAAUAAAAAAGCGUCAUCUAUGGAUAUACUUGAUCAAUCGAACCCCCGUGCUUCUUAUAAUAAUAAUGCUGAUACUAGAUCUCAAUUUCCCAAUGGAACUUCCACACCCGAACCAGGCCGUAAAGAUUCUCCCCAAUUGGAGGACGAGAUGGAAGAUGAAGAAGGUGAGAGACAGAGUUCAAGCGACGAUGUUAGAGGUGGCAGGAUAUAUGAAUUACGUCAAAGAAAACCUUUGCGCAGCUAUCGUUCGCACAGAGAUUACAAUAAAUACGACAUUUGGUCAAAUGCAGAACCCGAGCCGAAACGCCGUAGAAGAUGUUUGAGAGCAACCCGACAACGCAUUCGAGAUCUCAGUGACGACGAUGACGAUGAAGAAGAUGAUAGAGCUCAAACUCCCUAUAUACGCCCUCCGGUUGCUUGCUCCAGCCCAGCAAAACAUAAAGAUAAACUAAAACCGGCGAAUGAUAUGGAUACCUCGCAUAUUAAAUUAUCUGAUAUUCAGCCCCUCAGCAUUGGUGAUGAUGGCUUCCGCUUUGAACAAGUUGGUGGCUUGGAUUCUCAUGUGCGUUGCUUACGAGAGAUGGUCAUUUUGCCAAUGUUGUAUCCAGAAGUAUUUGCGCAAUUUGGCACAAAGCCGCCUAAAGGCGUUCUAUUUCACGGUCCACCGGGAACUGGUAAAACUUUACUAGCUAGAGCGCUAGCAGGUGAAUGUUCUGCUAACACAGGACAAAAAGUGUCCUUCUUUUUACGCAAAGGCGGUGAUUUACUAAAUAAAUGGUUUGGAGAGAGCGAAAAACAUCUGAGAUUGUUAUUCGAACAAGCGCAGCUCAUGAGACCAUCUAUUAUAUUUUUCGACGAAAUUGACGGAUUUUGUCCCGCGCGUACAUCGAAACAAGAUCAAGUAUAUUCAAGUAUUGUUUCAACAUUACUAACCCUGAUGGAUGGAUUAGAAGCAAGAGGCGAUGUCAUAAUUAUCGGAGCUACAAAUCGUAUAGAAUCAUUGGAUCCAGCACUAAGAAGACCCGGCAGAUUUGAUAGAGAGCUAUUCUUUCCCCUACCUGCAAGAUCGCAGCGUGAGGCUAUUUUGAAGAUUCAUGUAUCCAAAUGGAAAAAUGGGGCACCCGGUGAUGAUAUGAUAUCUCAGCUCUCAGACCUAACAGAUGGAUACUGCGGCGCUGAUCUUGAAGCGCUGUGUUCCGAAGCUAUGCUUCAAAGCCUGCGAAGAACUUAUCCGCAAAUUUACGAGUCAAAAUUCAAAUUAGCCAUAGACACCGAGAAAGUUAAAGUCGAACAUGUCGAUUUCCUCAGAGCUCAAGCUCAAAUAAUACCAGCAGGGUCUCGAAAGGGAAAUAAAUAUGGACGACGUUUACCGCGAUUUUUAUUACCUCUCCUGGAUGCAGCUUUGAAAGACGCCGUAGAGAGGUUGGGCAAAGUGUUUCCGUAUAUGGAUCCUGAUACUUCAAAACAAGUUCAGGUUCUGAGACAGGAUCAUGCUUUAUUCCAUUCGCGUUUGCUGAUUCUUGGACAGUCGGAAGGUUGCGGCCAAUCUUAUUUGGCUCCUGCGUUAUUGCAUCACAUGGAACAUUUGAGCGUUUACAAUUUAGAUGUCAGCUCAAUACAUGGUACUGAUGAUUUGUCAUUAUCUCAAGAGCAAACUGUGUCGCACAUCCUAGAUGAAUGCAUGCGUAGAGCGCCUAGUAUUCUUUACUUGCCUUCUUUAGACUUACUGUGGGAACAUGCUUCCGAUGCCACCAAGGCCAUACUUGCAGAAAAAAUUCAAAUAAUAACUAAAUGUUCACCUGUUCUUGUAUUAGCAACUGCUAAUAUGAUGCUUGAGGAAUUAGAUGAUCGCAUACAAACAUUAUUUCCUGCUCAUUUACGUUGUGUUCUACCAAUGACUAAUCAUCCAAUGAGACAGUCUCGAGAAGAAUUCUUCAAACCUCUGUUUGUUAAUUUGGCACUGAAACCUCCUCAAGUGAAGCCAAAAACAAGAAAAGUAGAGGUUUUACCCAGAGCACCCACACCUCCUGCUAGAAUUUAUACACCAGAAGAAUUAGCAAAAUUUGAAUCUCAAGAAGAAGAGAAAUUAGUUGAGUUACGUGUAUUUUUGAGAGAGAUUGCCCAUCAUUUAAGUAAACAGCGCACUUUUCGGAUGUUUGCAAAACCAGUAGACUUAGAUGAGGUUAAAGAUUACUUAGAUGUUAUUAAGCAACCUAUGGAUUUAGAAACAAUGAUAGCAAAAAUAGAUUUAAAUCGAUAUACAACUGCCAAAGAAUUUCUCCAAGACAUCGAUCUAAUCUGUGCAAAUGCUUUAGAAUACAACCCCAAUAAGACCAGUGCUGAUAAAAAGAUAAGACAUUGUGCUGUUGCUUUAAAAGACUACGCAUAUGCUAAAAUAAAAGGAGAAAUGGAUACAGACUUUGAAGAUGAAUGUCAAGAAAUUGCUAAGCGCAGAAUGAUCCGAAAUCAAAUUCAAGAAGCAGGAGCAAGAGAGGCUGAAGCCAAAGUGGUAGUAACAGAUGCUAACAACAAAACCAAUGCUUCAAAUGCAAAUACUAGUAAACAAUCAAAUAAUAGCAGUAUAUCUAUGGAAAUUGUUGAUGACUUUUUAGAUGUAUCUGAUCUUUUGGCGGAGGUUAAAGCAACGGACUCUCAAAAAGUAAUAAUUGAUCGAGGACAUUUAGACAAACUUUACACUAAGUGUUUGAAUAUAACAAAACAUUCGGAUGUUCAAGCCUUAGCAGAAGUUUACACUCAAUUGCUGAAGACUAUAUUAGGUUACUUGAAGCAAGCCGACAGGCAAAAUCUUCUCAAAGAUUUAAGUACUGAACUAGAAUUUUUUGAAAAACAUUUGGACAAACAUCAGAAUGCGUGAUGGUAGAUUUAUAAAAUUGUGAUUGUGUGUUUAUUUAUAUUUGAGAUACAAAUGUUUAAUGUCCAAAGAUGAUUAUAUGUAAAAAAAGUGUAUUGUGAUUUGUGUAGUAAAUAUGAGUCACAAGGAAUAAUCAAUAUUAAAAUUCACUUGUACCUUUUGAGCGAAAAAUAAAUAAGCCAUUGUGAUCAAAUUGCUUGCUUAAAAGCUUGUAACAGAAAAUACUUAAUGUUGAAAUUAAGUUGGAUAAAUAUUUUGCAAGAUCAGCUGUAAGAAACU